GUCCCUACAGCUUUCACUUUCCACUGUAACGGUCUGAUCAGGUCUCUAAAUGUGGGAUCCAUUAUGUUUUUAAUUUUGAAAAAUAGAUCAGACGGUCAUAAAUAGUUUCCACUUUCCACUGCACCCUCUUCUUUUUGUGAGCAAGUUCACCAUGAAAUUCAGUCAUCCAUGACCGGAAUAGGCGGUAAGAAAGUAAUAAAUAUAGCGCAAAGAUACCCCUCCCAUAACUGCCACGUGUCGAAUCUUAUCCGUUGCCACUUCUUUCUCUUCCCUCUAUCCCUUCAAAUAGUAAACAACCCAACCCCUCCUCCUUCUCAUCUCUCCAAAAACCAAAAAGCUGUUUCCACUUCUCUCUCUGUCUCUGAAAUGGCGACCAAUCUCCUUACCUUCAGACCCGCUGUAAUCCAAGCCUCUGCCAUCUCCAAAACCGACUUGAGUAGCAGGAAAGCUUCUCCCAACUGGUGGUCCCCGAUCUUUGGCUUUUCCUCCGAGCCUGAUUACAUUAACGGCGGAAUCAAAGAGGAUCACCAAGACAAGAAGCAGAGAAAGGCCUCGGAGUCGGACCCCGAUCCCAAUCCCAAAUCCUCCAGAUCCAGGUUUUCUAGGGGCUGCUUCACGGAGGAGAAGGCCAGACAGCUUCGGAUGAUGAUUAUGGACACCGAAACACAUCACGACGCCAUGUACCACUCCGCGAUCGCCUCCAGACUCGCCUCCGAUUUCGGUCAGCGCUCCGAUCCGUAAUUUUCUGCUUCCGCUCAAGGCUAAAUCCGAAAAUUUUACAUGUAUAAUUAGAUAUAUUUAAUUUAGUUUUGCUGGUUGGUUUAGUUGUGAUUAAGUUGCAAAUUAAGGUUGAUGAUGUAAAGAUUAGAUGAUUAAGAGGUGUAAUUAUAUAAGAUUAAGGAUGUCAUUUAGCACUAAUCACGCUCAAAAUAUGAUGUGACAUGCAGCAAAUGGAUGUGUAACCAUCGUAUUAAUUAAGCUGAUCA